ACCAAGCGGUUCUCACUAGAUCCCGGAGAGCCCUGGUGCUCUCCGGCUCCUUGGUUGUGGCAGUGGGUCCCACCAGACGCGCCCUGUGCACAUUACUUCGGGACGCCAGGGUUCGCCUUCUGCUCAUCCGGCCGGGGCCAGACACCCUAUUCGCUUUUUCUUACUGCAGCUCCCGAGUCUUCAGUUCUUUUAAAACAAGAUGCCGUCGGGUUUCCAGCAGAUCGGCUCUGAAGAUGGGGAACCCCCUCGGCAGAGGGUGACUGGGACUCUAGUCCUCGCUGUGUUCUCGGCUGUGCUCGGCUCCCUUCAGUUUGGCUACAACAUUGGGGUCAUCAAUGCCCCACAGAAGGUGAUUGAACAGAGCUACAAUGCGACAUGGCUGGGGAGGCAGGGUCCUGAGGGACCCAAUUCCAUCCCACAAGGCACCCUUACUACACUCUGGGCUCUCUCCGUGGCCAUCUUUUCUGUGGGAGGCAUGAUUUCUUCCUUCCUCGUUGGCAUUAUUUCUCAGUGGUUGGGAAGGAAAAGGGCUAUGCUGGCCAAUAAUGUCUUGGCAGUGCUGGGGGGCACCCUCAUGGGCCUAGCCAACGCCGCUGCCUCCUAUGAGAUCCUCAUUCUCGGCCGCUUCCUCAUCGGCGCCUACUCAGGGCUAACGUCAGGCUUGGUGCCUAUGUAUGUGGGAGAAAUCGCCCCCACUCAUCUUCGGGGUGCCUUGGGAACACUCAACCAAUUGGCCAUCGUCAUUGGCAUUCUAAUUGCCCAGGUGUUGGGCUUGGAGUCUAUGCUGGGCACAGCUACCCUGUGGCCACUGCUUUUGGCUAUCACAGUACUUCCUGCCCUCCUACAGCUGAUUCUGUUGCCCUUCUGUCCUGAGAGCCCCAGAUACCUCUACAUCAUCCGGAACUUGGAGGGGCCUGCCCGAAAGAGUCUGAAGCGUCUAACAGGCUGGGCUGAUGUGUCUGAUGCACUGGCUGAGCUGAAGGAUGAGAAGCGGAAGUUGGAACGAGAGCGGCCCAUGUCUCUGCCCCAGCUCCUGGGCAGCCGCACCCACCGGCAGCCUCUCAUCAUUGCGGUUGUGCUACAACUGAGCCAGCAGCUCUCCGGCAUCAAUGCUGUUUUCUACUAUUCAACCAGCAUCUUCGAGUCAGCUGGCGUAGGACAGCCAGCCUACGCCACCAUAGGAGCUGGUGUGGUCAACACGGUCUUCACGUUGGUCUCGGUGCUCUUGGUAGAACGUGCUGGGCGACGGACGCUCCAUCUCCUAGGCCUGGCAGGCAUGUGUGGCUGCGCCAUCUUGAUGACAGUGGCUCUGCUCCUGCUGGAACGGGUUCCAGCCAUGAGCUAUGUCUCCAUCUUGGCCAUAUUUGGCUUUGUGGCCUUCUUUGAGAUCGGCCCCGGCCCCAUCCCCUGGUUCAUUGUGGCCGAGCUCUUCAGCCAGGGACCCCGCCCAGCAGCCAUGGCUGUAGCUGGUUUCUCCAACUGGACCUGUAACUUCAUUGUUGGCAUGGGUUUCCAGUAUGUUGCGGAUGCUAUGGGUCCCUACGUCUUCCUUCUAUUUGCCGUCCUCCUGCUUGGCUUCUUCGCCUUCACCUUCCUAAAAGUGCCUGAAACCAGAGGCCGGACGUUUGACCAGAUCUCAGCUGCCUUCCGUCGGACACCUUCCCUCUUAGAGCAGGAGGUGAAACCCAGUACAGAGCUUGAAUACUUAGGGCCAGAUGAGAACGACUGAGGGGCAGGGCAGGGUGGGAGAGCCACCCUCUCCACCCACGCCCCUCCUUUCCUCUGCAGCACUUUAGCCCCCUUUUCCCAUCACCUCCAGGAUGGAGAAACUGCAGCCUGGAGAACUGGGAAGCUGAGGGAAGGGUGGUUCAUGUACCCCCUCAUUCCCCUCCUGUGACUUGGAUUAUUUAUGUGUUGUGGCUAGGCUGUGGCCACCCAGUGGGCUAUUCUCCUCUUCUGCCUUCCUCCUGCCCCUACCCAGACUCAGCCCCAGAAUAGUUUUGCUCCUUUUAGAGAAGUGGAUAUGCAGAGGGAGGUGCUGGGUUGAAUUCAGUGGAUGAGCAGGAGCAGAGGUGGAUCUGAGAUGAGCGACUUCCUACCAACUCCGACUCCGCCCACAAUUUGGCACUUUCCCUGAAUUCUUGCCACAUAGACUCUGGGUGAAGGGGGUUCUGUCUUGACCCCACCAGGGCAAAGGACACACCCUCCCAAAGUCUAGUCUCUCCACAGUCUCUGUGGGCUCCACCUUCCAGGGCAAAGGAACACAACAGUAUAUACCUGAAUGUGGCAAGGAGCAGUAGCAAGCAUCAGUCUCUAGGCUUGGGGUGCUAGCCUGUUCCCCACAGCUGCCAAGUGUGGGUACCAGCUCUUUCUUGUUCCCCUUCAGGAAGGGUGCUAGACCUGAAAGCUUUUGACCAACUAAGGGCAAGAGGGGAUUUGAAAGGCUGCCUAUAAACACUGGUUGGGAGGGAGCCUUUGGAUAUUUUUGUAUGUUUUGAAGAACGAGUAGGUAGCAGAAACCCAAGGGCUGCUGUAUUAAAUGUGUAUAUAGAGAUUCAUCCAUAAAGUCACUGUAUGAA